AUGGUUCAACGCUUCACGAAAUUGCGAGACGAAGUUGAAGUUGAGGAAGAGGACCCAUCAUCUCUGAAAGAGACAACAAAUCCUGCUGGCAGCAUCGGAACGAGUGCCAACAAUAACAACAAUAACGAGUCCUCUCUUUCUUUAGAAGUGAAUUCUUCCACACCGUUCAUUCUCCAUCCAUCGACUUUUAGAACUACAGAACUAGCAGCAACAACAACGACAACAACAACAAAUGAAAAGAACAACCCAAUGCAAACAAUGCCCAGUGUUGCUAAUGAAAGGCAUCCCGAAAUGAAUAUACUGGCUUCAACUCUCUCUUCUCCAUCCGCUCUUUCUGACUCGUUGUUGAGUGUUUCAAAUCCGAAUGUGCAAACUCUUCACCGUCAUCAUCAUUUUCAUAACAACACUCACGAAUUUCAUCACAAAAAUCCUCACUAUUCCAAAGUGUCCAAUUUAAAAGUUGUAGUGAGCCCACCAACGAAUCAAGUUCAAGCUCGCUUGUUGCAUGACUUUCCAAAUGGUGGCGAACAACAAUUUUUACACAAUACUUAUCAUAUGGAGAGAAAUGAUGAAUUAAGUUGUACAAAUGAGGGUUAUGUAAAAUGUCACAACUCUGUAAAUAUACACAACAACAUUGAUGAAUAUCAUCUAGGUGAGGUAAAUUUGCGAGAAAAAGGAAAGAUUGUGCUUGGAGGUAAUAGACCACAGCAUUACAAUAAUUUGGACGAUCUCAAAGAGGAAUCAUUUCACAUGGGAGAUGAGGAACAAGAUUAUGAUCUUGUCACUGAUAAAUCUCUGGACAAAAUUGAAUCAGUGAAUUCCCUUAACACAGCUGGAAGUGAGGAGGAGAUUAAAAAAUUAACAUCCAAUCAAAAAUCUGCCUUAUAUGCAACCAAUGUAAAAAUCGAACAGAAAACGCCUUCUCCUCGGAAAAUGAUCAGAACAAAAAGUAAUGUCACAGAAUGCAGCACAAGCUCUCAGAGUUCGGCCAUGGAUCCCAUCGACUCCAGUAGGAAGUCCGCAGUUCCUACGGGCAUGUGUAAAAAUCAUACUGAUGUGAAAGGCAUUGACAAAUGUACUUUUUGCAAUGAGAAUAUUUGUCAAGAAUGUAAAGUAGAUCCGAAAGAAAUUCCGUCACUUGUGAAAAUUCUGUACCAUAGAAAUAUGAGCAAUGUGGUGUGCCAUCAAUGCCACGAGGAGCACCUUAAAGAGAUCAAUAUUAUUUGGUUGAUUGUUGGAGGUAUUUUUUUGGGGAUUGUGUUCCCUCCAUUAUUAAUUGCCGCUCCAUUAAUUUGCAUUUUAAGGACGAGGAAUAGGAAAUUGAAAAAAGUAGGGUGGAUAUUGUUUUGGACCAUUUCGUUUGCAGUAUUCGCAUUAAUACUGAUAGCAUGCAUAUCAGUUAUAAUACUCAAACAUGUUCAUGUUUUUUGA